AUGGCGAUUCAUGUCCUUCAGGUUCAUGAAGAGAAUGUUACAAAGGUUCCUAACGCUAAAUCCGGUCGAGAUUCAACUGAUAUUGAGAUAUAUGGAAUGCAAGGAAUUCCAGCCGAUGUCUUAGCUGCUCACUACGAAGAAGAAGUUAUGCUUUAUGCAGAGGAAGAGCCUCCAGCCAAAGUUGCAAAAAUCGAAAUUCCUUCUGCCCUUCUCGGUGGUGCUGUUCUGAGACCAUAUGGAAUGNCAUACCCUUGUCAACAAGUGCNUGGUCCUGUGCAACCAAUGUACUAUCCCGGUCCACCUAUGCNUCCUCAUGGGAUGACUUCAUCGUCACCUACAAUGUCGGUUCCUCAACCUCUGUUCUCUGUUGUGAAUAGCAGCAUUCCUUCUCAAGUUUCACCGUUUUCUGCUCCUCUGCCUGUUGGUGGGGCUCAGCAACCGUCUCCUCUGGAUGCAUUAGGAUCAGUAAACCCAUAUCUGCCUAACAACUCUAUUCCAGACUGGUUGGCUUGA